AUGAAUAAUCCGAUUUUUAAUGCUGCCAAAGUAGCUUUAUCCAAAUAGUUGAAAAUUGCUGACCCUACUGAAAUGUAUAAGCACUUCUUAAAAUUUCCAUCUUUGUGCUCAAACGAAAUGUUGAAGAAGGAAACUCAUUAAGAAAUAUUUAAUAAAAUAAUAUUUUUAGGAGGAUUCCACGAAAGAAGAAAUUGUGGAAUCACCAUAAAAGAAAUGGUUGCUAAUUGCUUAAGAUAAUAUCGAAAUCUUGAACCUGAGUUAGAUAUUCCACAUUUAGUUUAACUAUUCCUAACACUAAGCAAUGUUCUACUAUACGAUGAUAAGUUAAUUCGCAAUAUUCUGAAUCAAUUGAAGAAUAAAUAAGAUCAAAUUCAAAUUAAGCAAUUGUAGUCAAUUUCUCAUUGUCUAUAUAAAUUAGGAAUAAAAGAUUAAUUUUGGCCAGAUCUUAUGCAUAAAAAUGUCAUUAUCUACACAUAAGUUUUUGGGAUCUAAGAUUUAGUAUAGCAUAUUCACAUUGUUAGUAAUCAAGUCUUAUUGAAUGAAUUUUAAGAGGAGAAACUAUAUCAAUUAUUAGAACUAUUGCAAUAUAAGUUUGUGAGUUAGAAAAAACAUAUUUAUUUAUCGAAAUUUCAAUUUUAGUAUACACAACUAAUGUUUAAUUUAUACCCAGAACUCAUUAAGCAGAAGUAUAAUAAUCCUUACUGUGAUAAGGACAAUAAAUAUAGCAUCUUCUUUGAUCACUUUUGCAAAGACUAUUAAGUCUGUAGGAUGUUAUUAGAUAGAAAGGAUAAUAACAUGACGAUAGAUUAUUUCGAGAAUGACAAUUUCCCUAAUUUAAUUAGAACCAAAGAUGAUGUUAUUGAAAAAAGGAUCUCUUCUUUCGAAUUGAAUAUUGAACAACUUUUGAAGAAAUUGAAUUUAAAUUAUAAACAUCAGUAGAAACUAUCCAUUUAUGAAAUCGACUUUUGUGUUGAAGACAAAUUUUUAAUAAAUUGCAAUGGGCCAACUCAUUUUAUAUAGAAUUUAGAUAAGGAAGUCAUAAGAAAAUCUCCAAAUUGUUUAAUGUAGCAAAGGUAAAAGAUAAUACUUAACAAAAAGACAUCUGAAACAAUUAGAUAAUUAUCAAAUAAUAGACUUAGAUUUUCAUAUUUGGGACAAAUACGAUACAUAAGAUAAAUACACCAAAGAGUUCAAAAAAUUGUUAAAUUUAAUGUGA